GCCGGGGCACGGCCCGGCCCAUCCGGAUGGGCGAUGGGCAGAGGCUGGGCUGGCGGAGGACGGGGACAGGGUCGGGCACAGCGGCCUGGCGGGGGACUGGGCCCGGCUGGUUGGGCAGAGUCGGUGCCGCGGCGUAUGACUCCUCAUCGUGGGCUGAGAGCCUGGGCUGUGAGUGCGUCCCUCCUGGGGCAUCAGAGACAGGCAGGGCCCCGUGGGGAACUCGCGUGCCGGGUGGGCACCCCCUGAGGGUGCCGGGGAGGUCCUGGGUGUGAGGCACUGGGCCAGACAGGGAGUGUGUGCAGUCGCUGCCCAAGGUGUGGCUCCUCACCCCACAGGCCCACGAGGGAACGUGGGCACUCAGAGCCUCUAGCCUUCCCUGCAAGGAGCCCUCUGGCCUGCCCGGUCUGGGUCAGAGCCCAGAUUUUCCGUGUAGGCGUGGCCUGGCCCAGCAGCCACGUGCCUAACCCCCAGGCGUGGGCGAACCCCACUGGGCUCUCUGCCCUUCCUUGGCCUCACUGGAGGGUAAUCCAGUGGUUGCAGCUGGAGAGCCCAGGCCAGGCCACACCCAGGGACAGAGAUUUGCACAGCCCUGCUAUGGGCGGGCUGGGGCAGGCACUGGGACCCUGGAGAUCAAACUUUGGGAUGUGGGGCAGAGGGCAGGCAGGGCACUAUGGCAUCCAGCCUUAACUUCUACACCUGAGAAAUAGGUCAGCUCACAGACCAGAGCACUGCCUGGACAACAUGGAUCCCUCUCUGUGGUUGUGGGGUUCCCCCACCCCAGGCUCCAUCAGGCAUGAGAAGGGGGAGCUCCAGGUUUCAGCCAUGAGGAUCUGCAACCACCCCCUUCCACACAUCUGAGGUGCCCGUGGCUGACACGAGCCGUGUCCCCAGCGGUUCCUGUCUACAAUGGCAUCAUUUUCCUCUUUGUCCUGGCCAAUUUCAGCAUGGCCACCUUCAUGGACCCUGGCGUCUUCCCGAGAGCGGACGAGGACGAGGACAAGGAAGACGACUUCAGGGCUCCGCUGUACAAGAAUGUGGACGUGAGGGGCAUCCAGGUCCGCAUGAAGUGGUGCGCCACGUGCCAUUUCUACCGCCCACCCCGCUGCUCCCACUGCAGUGUCUGCGACAACUGUGUAGAGGACUUUGACCACCACUGCCCCUGGGUCAACAACUGCAUUGGGCGCCGCAACUACCGCUACUUCUUCCUGUUCCUGCUGUCGCUUAGCGCACACAUGGUGGGCGUUGUUGCCUUCGGCCUGGUCUAUGUGCUGAACCAUGCUGAGGGGCUGGGAGCUGCCCACACCACCAUUACAAUGGUGGUCAUGUGUGUGGCUGGUCUCUUCUUCAUCCCUGUCAUUGGCCUCACCGGCUUCCAUGUGGUGCUGGUCACGCGGGGGCGCACCACCAACGAACAGGUGACGGGGAAGUUCCGUGGGGGCGUGAACCCCUUCACCCGUGGCUGCUAUGGGAACGUGGAGCAUGUACUGUGCAGCCCCCUGGCACCCCGGUACAUGGUAGAGCCACCCCGGCUGCCGCUCACUGUGAGCCUGAAGCCACCCUUCCUCCGGCCAGAGCUCCUGGAGCGUGGUGCACCGCUCAAGGUCAAGCUUAGUGACAACGGGCUGAAGGCCAGCCUAGGCCGCAGCAAGUCAAAGGGCAGCCUGGACCAACUGGACGAGAAGCCGAUGGACCUGGGGCCGCCUCUGCCCCCAAAGGUGGAGGCGGGCACUUUUAGCAGCGACCUGCAGACCUCGCGCCCGGGCAGUGCCGAGAGUGCCCUGUCUGCACAGAGGACCAGUCCCCCAACACCCGCUAUGUACAAGUUCCGGCCUGCCUUUUCUACAGCCCCCAAGGCGCCCUUUUGUGGCCAGGGAGAACAGGUCCCAGGCCCGGACUCCCUGACCCUGGGAGAUGACAGCAUCCACAGCCUGGACUUUGUGUCCGAGCCCAGCCUAGACCUCCCUGACUAUGCACCUGGCGGCCUGCACGCGGCCUAUCCCCCAUCUCCUCCGCUCAGCGCCACUGAUGCCUUCUCAGGAGCCUUGCGCACCCUGAGCCUCAAGGCUGCAGGCCGGCGGGGUGGGGACCACAUGGCCCUGCAGCCCCUGCGUGCUGAGGGUGGGCCUCCCACGCCCCACCGAGGGCUCUUCGCCCCCCAUGCACUGCCCAACCGCAAUGGCAGCCUGUCCUAUGACAGCCUGCUUAACCCCGGCUCGCCCGGGGGCCGCACGUGCCCAGCCCACCCCUCGGCCAGUGUGGCUGGCUACCGCUCACCCUACCUGCACCCAGGAGCAGUGGGUGAGCCACCUCGGCCCCCACCCCGCAGUUUCAGCCCUGUGCUGGGCCCCCGGCCGCGGGAGCCCUCGCCCGUGCGCUACGACAACCUGUCAAGGACCAUCAUGGCCUCGAUCCAGGAACGCAAGGAUAGGGAGGAGCGCGAGCGGCUGCUGCGCUCUCAGGCCGACUCACUCUUUGGCGACUCGGGUGUCUAUGAUGCACCCAGCUCCUACAGCCUGCAGCAGGCCAGCACACUGUCUGAGGGCCCCCGUGGCCCCCCCGUGCGCUACGGCUCCAGGGACGACCUAGUGUCGGGGUCCAGCUUCGGGGGCGCCCGCAACCCUGCCCUGCAGACCUCACUGUCCUCUCUGUCAAGUGCAGUGAGCCGGGCACCAGGGACAUCGUCCUCCUCCCUGCAGGCUGAUCUGGCUAAUAGCCAUGCCCCAGGGCCCCGGCCAGGCAGCGGCUCACACAGGUCACCGGCGCGCCACGGACCACCUUCCCCACCCAGCACCCCGCGGUCGCCCUCCUACACAGGUCCCAAAGCUGUCUCCUUCAUCCACACAGAUCUUCCGGAGCCACCACCCUCGCUGGCUGUGCAGAGAGCUGACGUGGACCGUGCAGGGACAGGCCCUGGGGUGUCUUCUUGUGGAGGUGGGACGUGGCCCUCCAUUGGCAGUGACCUCCAACCUCCCUGUGCUGGGUUCUUCCUGCACACGUCCAGGGACCACCCUCAGCUGAAGACCCCCCCAAGUAAGCUUAACGGGCAGUCCCUGGGUCUGGCCCGCCUGGGGCCUUCUGCCGGCCCCCCAGGGCCCUCCGCCAGCCCCGCCCGGCACACGCUCGUUAAGAAGGUGUCCGGUGUGGGUGGGACCACGUACGAGAUCUCGGUGUGAGGACUGACCGCCACGUGCCCGCCACGGCGCCACAGGGACCGGGACCCCACAGCAACGGCCCACUCCCAACUUCUCUGCCCCAGGGAUGAGAACGAGGCCCACGCCUGGUGUGGACACGUCAGUAGGAGAGAGAGAACCUCUACAGGCUUGUCCCUGGGCUCCCCGCCCAUCCAACCACCCAUCUGCUAGCCUGAUCUAUGGGCUGCCAGGCUGCAGGCUGUGGUCCCCCUAUGGCUGCGGCUGGUGGGUGUGCGGGCCCUGCCCUGGCUCACAGCCUCCCCCCUUCACCAGGCUGGGCUCCAGUGCUGUCACCCAGAUGUCCCCUGAGGUUGUCACCAGGCCAGUUCCCAGCAAUCUCGUGGUGCCACCCAUUCCCCUUAUAGACGGGUCAGAGACGGACAGAGAGCCUGAGGCCCCACUCCUGUCCUGCGGUGGCCUGCGGGCUGCUGGGUUGAGGGCCCCAUGUGCCCAGGCUGCACCUACACGUUGCCUUUUGAGGACCCUGCUGGAGACUUGGAGCUUGGAAAGCCUGAUACCCUGCAGGGAGUCCAGCCCCAGGCCUCAGACAGCCAGCUCCAGGAUGGCUCUGGGUUCUGACGGGUGGACAGACAGACAGACAGACAGCCAGCUGUGGCAGGGUUCCCGCUCUGUGUGUCCAGUCUGGCCCCUGCUGGUGGGCAUGCGUCCCUGUGUCUGUGUGCUGAGCUGCUGUGCCACGUCCAGUGUGCUCCUGCCCGGCUGCCGCCACCCUGCCCACUGCCGGGAAAUGCAUCCAUUGAAGCCUUAACCUCUGCUCUAUGCCCUUGUGGGAGCUGGUGGGGGGCAGGUGGGCGCAGGCUCAGGGGGCCAAUGCUGCCCCAAGGCCGCCAAGACCAGGGACCUCACCCCACCCCUCCCGCUCUCCCUGCCAAACUGGACAAUUCCCGCCCCACGGCAUGCCAAGCCCCAGGCCCUGGCCCUGCGGGAGCCAGGGGCACCCAUUUGGAAAGCACGUGGGGAGGGGUGAGCGCUUCUCGGGCAUUGGGGCCCUAGAGUAAGCACACGACGGCGUCUGCUUGCGUUGUGUCUGUUUUAUGUUUUUAUAUGUACAUCUAUAUAUCUAUAAUUUUAUUAAAAAAACAAAGAGAGUCAUGUGAAUGCGUUCAUUGGGCAAGGCCAAGCUGUGGUGAGACACAGGGGCUCUGGCAUGGUGGGGUGUCCCCAGGCCUGGGCUGGAUACCAGGAGAAGUGACGGCCCACUGGCACGGGGCUGGUGUCUGGGCGAAUGGUGGCCAGCUGGAGGAUCUCUUGCUCCAUCACCUGGCUCUGUGUUCCUGGCAGUGGCAGGACAUUUGGAGAAAGACUGGGCUUCAGCUGCCUCAGGAGGGCCCCUAGGGAAGGGGACCCACAGCCUUGGGGGGAUGGAAUAGCAGGAUAAAUGGGGGCCACCUGCUGGCUCAGGGCCCUCUGGGGGGCGCUGCCAUGUCUCGCAGCUGCUGCUUGUUGGAAAUGGUUUCCAGCUUGUCCUCUCGCCUUUGCCUGGCAAAUUUCAGGGGUGGGGUGCGGGUGUGGAGAGGAAGGGGGAGGAGACGUGGGGUGGAAGGGGCAUCAGGAAGCCACAGCUUUCAGAGCUGAGGCAGCCUAGAUGGGGGCUGGGGGCUGGGGGGCUGGGAUGGGAGGCUGGGAGGCAGUGGAUGAACCCUGAGUUUCCCAAAUGCUGGCCCAGUGUGGAAGGCCUGUGAGGCCCGGGAGAGGCCAGCCUGGGUCUUGGACCCUGGCACCGGGCAACCCUGGCCCAUGCUGACUUCCGUCUUUCUGCUUCUCUCUCAUGGGACACCGUGGCC